UGAGGAGGGCGGGGAGCGGCGCGCAGCGCCUCCCUGCUCAGUGACACACGCACCCGGUGCGGGGCGGCGGCGGCGGCUGGGCGGGCGGCGAGAGCGGCGGCGACUGGGAGCCGAGCGGGGAGCAUGGCAGGCGCCGAAGCUGCUGCGGAGGCUGCCGCUGGUUUCCCCCCUUCGCCGGCUCCUCCCGCCCGCCGGGAACUUUUUCCAGCGGCCGGCGGCGGUGCCUCCCCUCACCGGUGGUGGUGGUGGUGGCGGAGGCGGCAGCAGCCGCAGCGGCGGCGGCUCCGCUCGGUGGUGCCUCCCGGGCCGGGGCUGGGGCUGCUGGGGCUGGUAUUCUCCCGCUUCUGCUGCAGUGCCUUAGCUGGACCAAUUGUUGAUCCACAUGUGACAGCAGUUUGGGGGAAGAAGGUUGCAUUGAAAUGCAUAAUUGAUGUAAAUGAAACAAUAACACAAGUUUCUUGGGAGAAGAUACAUGGUAAAAGUUCACAGACUAUUGCUGUUCAUCAUCCUGAAUAUGGAAUAUCUGUUCAAGGAGAAUACCAAGGAAGAGUGUCAUUUAAAAACUACUCACUUACUGAUGCAACAAUCCUCUUAAAAAAUGUAAGCUUUUCUGAUGCAGGAGAGUAUAUUUGCAAAGCAGUUACAUUCCCACUUGGAAAUACACAGUCGACAACAACUGUAACAGUACUAGUUGAACCUGUUGUGAGCUUAACAAAAGGACCAAACCCUCUAAUAGAUGGUGCAAAUAGGACAGUAGCAGCCACUUGUACAGCAGCCACUGGAAAACCUGCUGCAGAGAUUGACUGGGAAGGAGGUCUUGGUGAAAUGGAAUCCAGCUCUACUUUGUUUCCAAAUGAAACAGUGACAGUUGUAAGUCAGUAUAUGAUUGUCCCUACACGAUUUGCAAGAGGAAGACUUAUAACUUGUAUUGUGAAGCACCCUGCUUUGGAAAAGGAAAUUAGAUUCCCUCAAGUGUUGGACAUACAGUAUGCCCCAGAAGUUUCAGUAACUGGCUAUGAUGGAAACUGGUUCAUUGGAAGAGAGAACGUUCAACUCAGAUGUAAUGCUGAUGCAAAUCCAUUACCUAUGGAAUUUAUAUGGACCAGGUUGGAUGGACAAUGGCCUGAAGGAUUACUAUCUGUCAACAAUACUCUGCAGUUCAGCAGCCCAUUGACUUACAACUAUACUGGGACUUACAUCUGUAAGGUGACUAACUCCCUUGGUCAGAGAAGUGAUCAGAAGACUAUCUACAUAUUAGAUCCUCCUACUACUACCACUCGACUGCCCACGGUUCCCUGGCAUCCUUCGACUGAUGGCAUCACAGGUUUAGCAACAGAACCUAGAAUAAUAGAUUUCCCAACAUCAACCUUGCCAGCAAUGCAGGAAGACACUUGGGGUACCGUCAUCGGUAGUGCGGUGGGUGGGGCGCUCUUCCUCAUACUUAUCAGUGUUCUGGUUGGAAUUAUCUGCUAUAGGAGAAGACGGACGUUCCGUGGUGACUACUUUGCUAAGAACUACAUUCCACCAUCAGAUAUGCAAAAAGAGUCUCAAAUAGAUGUUCUUCAGUCAGAUGAUGUGGAUUCUUAUCCUGACAGUAUAAAAAAAGAAAUAAAGCAUCCAAUGAACAGCUUAAUAUCUAAAGAUUAUUUAGAAGACCCUGAAAAAACAGAGUGGAACAAUAUAGACAAUAUUAACAGGUACCAGGAACGUUAUGAGAGACCAAUGGAUUACUAUGAAGGUGGAACAUUGGGAAUGAAGUAUAUGGGUGGUGAAUGUUACGAUGAUAAUGAAGAAGACUUUGUUUCCCACAUAGAUGGCUCGGUAAUAUCUCGGAGGGAGUGGUAUGUGUAGUAGCCACUGAAAACUAAAUGUGUACCUGCAGUUCAUUUCAUUGGCUGAUCACUUUCAGAUUGUUUAUACUUAAACAAGAGGAGGAUUAAACUUUUUGAAGCUGAUUUUUUUUUUGAAGGUUUUUAUAAUGUGACUUGACACAAUGGAAAUAUUGAAUCUGGGGAAAAUAUAUUUGAGCUGCUUUUUUUCCCAAUGCUGUACUACUGUUUAAGAUUUGAGUUUUAAUGCAGAGUGCUUAUUGGUCUAUGUCAGAGGUAAAAAAGGCUAAAUUAAAGUUGCCAAUCAACAUUGUUUAAGAGUAAAAAGUGGCUUUCUUGGCUCUCUGAUUAAAAAAGUUUACCUAAGGCAAUGAUCAAAUACAAUCAUUUGGGGCUUUUACUUUGCAGAGUAAGUGAAUUACUCCAAUCUAAAUACCAUCCAUGGUAAACUUAAUGCUUCUGUAUAGCAAAUAUUUUACCAAUUAAAUUGAGUUGCAACAGAAUUGAAGCUUUAUUUUUAGUUUUUUUCCAGCAUAAAAAUGAAUACCUCUUAGCAUUGUAAUGAGCCUUCUUGAAACUAUGUACUUAAAAGAAGUCAGUGCACUGAAACUAACUUAUGGACAAAAUUUUGAUGAGUGACUGUGUGAACAGGUCAAAGCCUUGUCUUGGAAUAAGGUGAAAAAUUAUUUUUUAUAGUCAUUGAUUUCUAAAGCUUAUGCUAGUGUCUGUAUAUAUACAUACAGUAAGAUAUAUGGUUCAGCCUGUAAUUGGCAGAAUGUCAAAACUCAUUAAUGAAUGCAAGACUUUGCAAGUACAGAGGAUACAGUUUGAGACCUGUUUUUGAGGCUUUGUGGGAAUUGUGCCAUGGAAUUAGAAAGCUGGAGAAUUGGACACAACUAAGAGGAAAAAUCUAACAGAUUUUGAAGCUGGAGGCCAAUGCCAACUUGCAUAUUUUUCCAGGUGCCAAUAAACAUUAAGCAUGCUAAGAGGUGUCAAAGCAUUUGCUAGAACUUUUAUGACCAGAAAUUAAAACAGCGGUUUUACGCUGCUUCUGAAUAAGUUACAGUCCUAGUUUUGAAGAGGGUAACUAGAAUUUCAGAUUAUUAGUAGGGAAGUGGACACUUGCAUUGCUACUUCAUAUAGUGGAAAAACACUUUACAAUGGUGCAACUACAGAAUCUAUGAAGUGGGAAUUUAGAUAAAUUAUGCAGUCUCUGUACCGCAGUGGAUUUGUUUUCCCUGCAAAUAAUUGAUAACAGAUUUAAUAACAAGUUAUUUAAAAUGACAUUGUAUGCAUUGUACGUAGGACAUCUCGUUUGACAUCUGAAGUAAUUCUACUUUGUCUUGAGCAGGUUCACCAAACUAAUUCUGCUGAUUACAUAGGGAGGAGUGAAGUAACUUUAGAUGAAUUACAGAACAAUGAUAAAUUCAUCAUUAGAAUAGUAGAUCUUUUGAAGUGCCAUUUUUAAGUGUUUAGCUUGGGAUAAUGAAGCUGAUAAGGCUAUUAAUAUUUGAAACCUGAAAAGGGAAAAAAAAAUCUCUGCUACCUUGAAAAUGAAAUAGGCUUCAUAAUUAGAGCUGCUUCAUGAGCAUUCAUGCUGGAAGUUCUUCUCUAUCCUCAUGAUCUUUGGUAGCUUACAGCAUUUAGAGCUUCACAAAAAUAGUUGUAUUGAGCGUUGUAGACAAUACACUGUGAUUGCAUAUGACUGCAUGUCUUCAAAAAAGAAUAAGACAACAGCUUUGUUUGAAAUUCAAAUGGAAAAGCAUCCCUAAAUAACUUAAGUUUGUGUUUGGAUUAAUGGAGUACUGAUACAUGAUUGACCAAAGUCUCAAGAACGAUAGCAGAUGUGUGUAUCUGUAGUUUGAGUGCGAACACAAGGAAAGGAGUUACAUUUAUAACAGAAGGUUCUGAUCCAAAUUAUUUCUGGAAUAGAGAUCUCUCUUCAAAUAGAACAUACUUGAUAUGUCAUCUUUAAAAGAUGGUGUUACUUGGAAAUAAACAUAACCAUAAACCUGUUCUCCACAUGGGAUAUCUUGCUUUUGUCUCUGUGGAUUUUUUGUUUUGAUUUUGAAAAAUAUAUAUAUAUAUAUAUUUAAUUACUAUGGGUUAAGAAGUUGCAAUGUUUUGAAGUUGAUAAUAGGGAUAGGACUUAAGUGUGUUGCGAUGUUUUGUACAUUAUGUCUGCUGUAAAAAAAAAAAAAUGAUUGUAAGUAUAAAUGGCUGUUGUGUGAAUAAACUUUUUGUUACAUUCUGGAACAUAGGUAGUGUUCAGAAAUGUUUGACAGAUAUUUUCUUAAAUUGGAGAUGAAAAAGUGUAAUAAAACCAGAGGCUGAGUA